GUGCGUGCGCGCCCCCGUGUGUCACCUUGCUCCAUCGCUAGAGGUAAAGCACCGACCAGAAUCAGGGCCUUUACCGAGGGACUGUCGUCCGGUUUGAAAAGAGCCAAAGAGAAAAUGGCGGAAGCUUCCAAACCGAAGACCUCUCCCAAGGCCAUUAAGUUCCUCUUUGGGGGACUGGCAGGGAUGGGAGCGACAGUGUUCGUCCAGCCUCUAGAUCUAGUGAAGAACAGGAUGCAGCUGAGUGGUCAGGGAGGAAAGGCCCGGGAAUACAAGACCAGCUUCCAUGCACUGGCAUCUAUACUGAAGAAUGAAGGACUAGGAGGCAUCUACACUGGUCUGUCAGCAGGUCUACUCCGCCAGGCUACCUACACCACAACGAGGUUAGGUAUCUACACGGUGUUGUUUGAGAAGAUGACGGGACAGGACGGGACCCCGCCCAACUUCCUCAUGAAGGCUCUGAUUGGUAUGACGGCUGGAGCAACCGGAGCCUUCGUAGGAACACCUGCUGAAGUCGCCUUGAUCAGGAUGACCGCUGACGGACGUCUCCCUGCAGACCAGAAGAGGGGAUAUUCUAAUGUUUUCAAUGCUCUGGCCAGAAUCACUAAAGAAGAGGGGGUCACCACACUAUGGAGGGGGUGUAUUCCCACCAUGGCCCGUGCUGUAGUGGUCAACGCUGCCCAGCUGGCCUCCUACUCUCAGAGCAAACAGGCUCUUAUAGAGACAGGGUAUUUUGUGGACGGUAUCUUCCUCCAUUUCUGUGCCAGUAUGAUCAGCGGCCUGGUAACCACGGCAGCGUCCAUGCCCGUCGACAUCGUCAAGACCAGGAUUCAGAACAUGAGAAUGAUAGAUGGAAAACCAGAGUUUAAGAAUGGCCUGGACGUGUUGGCGAGGGUGAUCCGUAAUGAGGGAUUCUUCUCUCUGUGGAAGGGUUUCACUCCAUACUACGCCAGACUGGGACCUCACACCGUCCUCACAUUCAUCUUCCUGGAACAGAUGAACAAGGCUUAUAAAGUCUACUUCCUGGAUUAGAGACAGGAGAUGUUUUGGGAGGAAGGGAAGCUGAUCCCAGUUCUGCACCUACGGGAAACUUCACCCCGGAGCAACACACACACACACUCACACUCACAGACACACUCACAGACACACACACACACACACACACACUCACAGACACACACACUCACAGACACACACACACUCACAGACACACACACACACUCACAGACACACACUCACAGACACACACACUCACAGACACACACUCACAGACACACACACACACACACUCAGACACACACACACACACACUCACAGACACACACACACAGACUGAAGCAGCUGCACACUACACACACGGACAGACACUCCCUCAUGUGUCAUGUGAGUGACCUUUAACCUCUGUCAUGUGACCUGACCCCAUUGUGUUAGUUCUGUUAUUUUUACUGAAGGACUCAGAACCUCAGAAUGUACCAUCUCAGCCCCCCCCUGCACAGGGCAUAUUGACACUUGGUACAGUCGUCCCCUCCCCCCACUAUGGAACAGAUGGCUGGCUGGAAAACCUUGAUGAUGACAAACCCAUUAAAAACAGAUUUAUUUCUGAAAAACAA